AUGGGGUUGCAGACACUAGAAAAGACAAAACCAAAACACAGGAAAGGUUUAUGGUCACCUGAAGAAGAUCAUAAACUCAGAAACUACAUCCUUAAACAUGGUCAUGGCUGUUGGAGUUCUGUCCCUAUUAAGUCAGGCUUGCAAAGGAAUGGAAAAAGUUGCAGAUUAAGGUGGAUUAAUUAUCUAAGGCCAGGAUUAAAGAGAGGAAAGUUCAGCAAGCAAGAGGAGGAGACAAUCCUGACCCUUCAUCACAUGCUAGGCAACAAGUGGUCACAAAUAGCACAACAUUUACCAGGAAGGACAGACAAUGAGAUAAAAAACUAUUGGCAUUCAUAUUUGAAAAAAAGAGUGGCCAAAGCUAAUGAAAUGGAAUCUCAAAAACAUCUUCAAUAUGCUGCCUCAAGCUCAGACACAAUCACCUCUUCACACUCUCUUCAAAAACUUGCAACUCAAGAGCCACACAAUUACAACAACAUCAUCGCCAAAGAGACUCAUCAAAGCUCAUUACCGAAGCUCUUAUUCGCGGAAUGGCUUUCACUUGAUCAUGUAAAUGGUAGCAACUCUUCAAAUUCAGUUGAGUCUUUGGUCAUGAGAAAUGGAUUUGAUCAAGGUUUUCAAGAAGCUGCAAUGCAUGAUGAUGUGUCGGAGUAUCAUAAUAGUGUGAUGUUCAAUUCACAAAUUAAGUUUGCAAACCAAAUGAUGGGAAAUGGGUUUGUUCAUUGCAUGCCUGAGGUUGAUUUGAGUAACAAUUUCAAUUUGAGCAAUGAUGCUAUGUAUGUUUAA